AUGAAGAUGUACCUGUUCUUAUAUGUUCUGAUAGGAAUAACUAUUGGGAAUGUGAAAGGUCAAAUGUGCUCGGACUGUGUACAUUUAGAUUACACAGUGAAAGGACUUCGUACUAUUUCCCGAACUCUGCUGGAUUCUCUUCUCUUAGAUACUUUCAACCCAGACUGUCUCCAUGACAACCAGAAGCUUCACAUCAAGUGUCCACGUAAUGAUAGUGCUGGUUUGGUGGUGAAAUGUAAAAAGACCCACGUUAUUGUACAGGCCAGAGGGAUACAAAGGGUAGAAGCCGGUGCUGAGGUAAAUUUGGUAGCGGUUGAGCGACGUUGUGCUUUAGUUGAUGCUUCACAAGAAAACAAUUGUGUCAACCACAUGGAGGACAACACUGUAUCCUCGUAUAUUUCCAAAACCCUGGCACAUCUGACGGACACGUGGACUACAGUCAAUUAUACAGGCGCCAACUGUUUUUCUGACACCCAUCAUGACGUCACGACAGAAGCGCCCGUUGAAACGAAAAAACAUACUGCGCAAUAUGCCGAUUUCACAACUGUGACCAAUGUAAAAGAACCAAUCAGUGCAGACGUAUUACGUGAAAAAAUAAAUACUGUGAAUUCUACUCGAAGCGUUUCAAUGGAAAAUGUCCAGAUUUUGAACACUACUGGAAAUUUCGAAGAAAGUACACAGAUAGCGAAUGUUACAUUAGCAUUUUCAGCAAAUGAUUCCAUGGUUCUUUCAACAAACUCAAGCAGUGACAUUGAUUUAGGGAGAAAACAGGAAUUGAACAAGAAUGUAAGGAAAUUCAUCAAUUAUAUCAGAAGUUACAACAGAGCACCUGCCAAGAAAUGCAGUGAAUUGAUACUAGUGAUGUCACUUUUAGCGAUAUAUCUAAUUGAUAACUUUCUUAGGGCUGCAACAAUCUGAAUAAGUAAAGA